GAUAUUUCCAGACCCAGGGAGUCAGGCUGCUCCCGGGAUUAUAGCGUUAGACCAAUUACCUUUUAAAGAGUAAAACUGCUGGAGUAAUUUUGUUCUUGUUGUGCCUCAGGCCAGUUUAUCUGACAACUCGCAAAACAGAAGAGUAAGUGCAAAAAGAACGACAGAGAGCAGGGAGGGUAGGAGCAUAUGUUUUUGCCCAGAGGGUCCAGAUACAUAAGAGGAGUCAGAGGGAGCGACCCCCUCUGAGUUGUGGUCAAAGGUCUCUAACAGGAUUACAGGCAGAGACAGAACACCAGAGCUUUCUGUAAGCACAGUAAUUAAUGGCCCGGUGUAUAUUCCUGUAAUACUGUGGCUUAUUAAUUUGACUGAGGUUGAGAAAGACAAACAUUUGCCCUUAUUCAGAGGAGCACAAUGUCUGCAGUCAUGGGGACUUGUUUUCAUUAGAGAGGUGUCCCGUCACUGCAGCGUGGUUCAUGGGAACGUGCACAUGCUCCCCUCAGGCUCACGGCAUUUCAGAUUCGACAUCACACCUUUGUUAUACUGGCCCCUGGUGUCCUUUUGUGAGCCUGGAUAUGGCGCUGCUCAGCGCUGGUAUGUGGCACGCCGCUCCCAGAUGCCCCUCUUAAAACGCCCAGUCAAGGGAAGUGGAGCGGAGGGCCUGGGAGUGCGGUCAGCAGUAAAUUAGAGGGGCUGCCUUGGACAUGACGCAAUCCCCAUGUCCUGAACCAUAGCAAGUCAUUAAUGAAGCCAGACGGGGGGCUUGCAUGCGUGGGAAGCCUGUCGACAUUUAGCUGCUGCAGUGGAAACCUUUUCAAGAGAAACAGAGGUCCUUGUCGGGGCAGCUUUGUGCUAUCAAAAUAUUUUAGAAUUGGAUAUCCAUUACUCUGCUGGCAAAGAACAACACGGGGGGAAAAAAGCCUCUGCCUUCAGCACAAUUUACGGAGUUCCUAAACUGACAAAAAGCAGUAUUAUAACAGAAUACAUAUAAAUAUAUAUAUAUAAAGCUUGAACAGAAUAGCUUCAACUAAUGCUUCAGCUAAGGGAAUUGAAUAUUAUGAAGACAGAAGUUGAUGUAGAAGUUAGGCUACAGAUUUGUGUUAGCAAGCCACCUUACUAUUACAGUAAUGAUUAGCUUGUUGGCUGAAAUGAUUAGUUUCUGUUACAAGUAGGCCUGAGCAAUAUAGUGAUGAAUAUAUAUAUAUAUAUUGAUAACAAUAGAAAAUUAUCUGUUGUUUCAUAUUAUGCUUUAAUGCAAACUACACAAGUUACAGCCAUGUUUUUCAUCAACUGAAUGUCACAUUGCGUUCUACCACAGGACGACACAGGCUUAAACUUUGGUAACGUUGCACAGCCCUGGAUCCAAGAGUUUAUACAAUAACACUAAAGCUGAGUGAUGUAUAUGGCUCUUCCAACAAUACAUGUUUACUUAAGUUAGUUUUCGUUUAGUUGCUAGCUGGAAAGAUUCAAUGUUUUUAGGUUUUUCAGGUAAGCUAGCCAUGUAGCCCUCUUGUUGCUCAAAGUAAAAAAUGGAAAUGAGAUAUAUAGCAUGAAAAUAGGAAGUUGAUCAAUGACUACAUUUCCAAGAUGACCAAAAAAGUGUAACAACAACUUGAAAAGAAAUGUACAAUAACGCUAAAGUAUGGGGAACAUGGCUGUUCUAAAAUCACCUGUUUCACUUAGGUUGCUCAAAGGGGGAAAAAAAGGGAUAUGUAGCAUGAAAAUAGGAAAUUGAUCAAUGAUAAAACUUCCACUAUGACUAAAAACUAGAAAACCCCAAGAGGUGGUAGUGAAAGAUAAAUGAAAAUAGUUACAUUUUAUUAGUUCACUGUAUAUUUGUUCCUACUUUCCUUAUUAUAACCAACUGACUAGAAGUAAAAAGAAAAAAGAAAAGAAAGCUUCAUUCAAGUCUACACUGUAUUUCUGAAACUAUUACUAUUAUUGAUUCAUGUUUUCAACUACAUUUUGGACUUGUAUGAUCUUUCAGUUCGUCAGUCUCAGGGGCUCCAUACACUGGCAGUCUAGCGGUGCUGCCAAGUAGGAGCAGUAGUUUUGUCAUCAGCAGAUUUUCAUUAUCUCUUCCUAUCUCGCUGGGCAUACUUUCCCUGUUUAUAAACAAACCUGAGCCCUGCGGCUCUGCUUUAAAAAGCAUGAUAAGUCUUUCCAGUCAGAUGUACAGUGAAUUCUGUGUGACCUUCACGCCAGAGAGAGCAGCACAAAAUGGAAGCAGGAAUUCCCCAAAAGUCCACCUAUUUCAUGGAUAAGUAGCAGACUGUUUUUUUUUUUUGUUUUCACAGAAGAGUGACCGAGGUCUAAAUUUAGACGGUUCCAGACCAGCGGACCUUUGGAAUCUUUAAAAACCUGCAGAAAGCAAUCUGUCCAAAACACAAUGGUUCCACGGUGCAACCGCACAACCAUUUGCAGCUGGACCUAUUUCUGAGCUGAUGUCGACAAAACCAGAGCCCAAAGCAAGUCAGGCUACCUGACCACACUCCGACUGGCCCGGCCGCCUCCAGGAACACAACUGCAUAGUGUUCUCCUCAAUUUAUGUUUGUUUAAUUCAGCCAGCUAUGCAGAACAACAAGCUACAAAGAGUGGAACAGAGUUAGGCUCGCACACUAUAAACAAAGAUAAUAUUUGAGGGAGCUAUUUGGUGCUGCAGGCUUCAACUUUCCAGCUUUAGUAAUUACAUGGUUUUGAAGAUCUUGGAAUACCCUUUCAGAGCUCUUUUUUCAGGUCCGUACUUUGGACUGAACUGUCAGGGAUUCUUGCAUAAAUCUGAGAGUUAAGUUCAGCCUCUCGGUCGGAUUAAAGCCAAUUAUUUCGCGGCUCGUAAGCCAUUUACCUCUUGUGACCAUGAAUCUUCAGGAAAAGCUGUCGGGCCUAAAAGGUCUGGUCUCACACUCCCACAGCAAGCGCCGCUUCAAAAGUGACCUCACAGUGGACAUGAUCAGCCCUCCUCUGGGCGACUUCCGCCACACCAUGCACGUGGGCCGUGGCGGGGACGUGUUCGGGGACACCUCCUUCCUCAGCAACCACGGGGGAUCAGCCAACAGUAACAACAGGGACACGGAUUCCAUCUCCAGCCCUGACAACAAGAUCGGAGCGUUCUUCUCCAGGACGCUCCGUCAAAUCAGGAGGGGCUCGGACAACCGACCCAGAGAGGUAUCCAAGGAACUGUCUCCGCCGCCUCCUCCCGUUUCUCCCAUCAUCAAGAACGCCAUCUCCCUUCCCAGGCUGGAUGUGGAUAUGUCUAAUGGGAGUCCCACCACCAAAGUGCUAUUCCCCAGUUCUGAAAGUACGCCAGAGGAGAAGAAAAGCUCUUACGGUCUGGAGUCCGGCUUCGUCACUCUGCCUCGUCUCUCCCGCUCGGAGCGUCAGCAGCCCUCCAUCUCCCUCCCCACUUCCUGCUCCCCCAACAUCCACCGAGGCUCUCUGACCGACCCCACCGACGCCAUCUUGUCCACCUGCUCUGCCACGAUUGUGACCUCUCACGCCAAACCCGCCACAAGCACCAGCACCACCACCGCCUACUCUGACUCGCUCCCCUCCCUCACCUCCCUGGACACCUUCACUUUUGACCUCGGCCCCUCCCUCAUGAGCGAGGUGUUCGGCCUGAUCGACGGCCACCCGGACGAGCAAGGCCACGCCUGGGAACGAGAGGAGGCGGGUUCAGCGUACGGGCUGACCAAUGAGGGAUCGGAGAUGGACUCGGCCACUAUCUCAUACGUGGACUCCCUGCUGAGGGAGGACUGUAGCGGCAGGAAGAGCCCGCACGCGGCCGACUGGGAGGAAGAGGAAACUGUAGUGGAGGAGAACGAAGUCAGUCUUUCUGUAAAAGUGCCUGAUGUGGUGAUGGAGUCUCCUGAACAAGCGAGGUUGGGAUUGGGGAUGGAAAGUGAGCGGUUCCAGAGCGCUACGGAUAUGCUCGCACGCCAUUAUGGCGUCAGCCACUUAAAGGGACAGAGCAGGGUGGAGGCUGCUGACUCAGAGAUGAUGAUCAUCAGCCAGCACAAGAAGAAAAUGUCUUACAGUUACAUGGACGACGAGGAUGAAAUCAAAGUCUGAGCUCAGCAAAUCGUAGAUUUUUCAUUUCUCUAAAACAUUUGAUUUUUCUGCAAUUCCAAUCAAGUCAAUCAUCUAAAAUGUUGCAAUGGUCAACGAGGCUGGCUCUGUUGACAGAACAACCAUGAACACAACAACCUGCAUUCAGUAUCCUUCAUACUGCAUCUUUUCCCUUUAUAACAUUAUUCUUCGAGGAUGUACAAUUUUGAUACCUGUGGCUGAAUGUAUUUUAAAGGAGUGAAAGACUUAAUGCUGCAAGUUUCCAAACUCAGCACAGAAAGGGAGACCGCGUUUUCCAAAAAGACUGAAACCAAAAAGAAGAGUGAGAAGAGAGGAUGUACCAGAGAAUGUGGUUAAGGUUGGGGGGCGUCACGGAGGAAACACUAUAAAACCUGUCAUUCACUUUAUACAUGCGAUAAUACACGUCCUCGCGAAAGAGGGGAAAAUAUUCUCUAUGCAAGUCCGUCUCUCUGAUGAGAAGACAGAGAGGAAGUGUGGAUUAGAAGAAUAGAUUUAAUCUUACUACAACCCUUUGCCGUCACUACAAUCUCUCGUCAGCUUUUCACUCAGGAAUAAAAUACCAGGAAAGAAAAAAAAGGGAAGAGAACUCAUGAGAGAUCUGGAAUCUCAGGAUCAACCGCGUCAGACAAAAGAUAAACCACAGGAACUUGUCAGCUGUUGAACUGUUGGACUGAUGGAAUAUGACGACAAGUUAAUAACGGCGUUUGCUAGAAGCAAUUAAAGCCUCAACCAUAUAUAUAUAUAUAUAUGUUCAUUUUAUGUUGCAAACCUUUUCUAUAGAUACUCAGUGCACCUUUUAUCAUAAAAUGAAUAUGAAGUCCGACUCCUGUAUUGAUUUUUAUAGAAGAACUGUCAUUUAUAUAUUCUUUUAUACAACUCGACAUGAAGAUAUCAACUGACCUCCUAUAAAUAUGUACUUACAGUAUGAGCACCUGCAGCACAUAGUGCAAUUCACAUCCAUAUGCUGCAGUCAGUACCAAUGAUAUAAUACGAUGAUAUAAUUUCACAAUAAACAUGUUUUUAAUGAG